GGAGCAAACAACAACGCGCGCACUGCAGCUGCGAAUGGAAGAGUCUUGGUGGAUGCCAGUAGUUUGCAGCUGCUAGCCAACCACUUCGACCAUAACUGUGUCUUGGAGUUGACCCGCGAAACACAAGCGUCGGUGCAAAGACAGAGCUCGAGGGCCAUCUCCUCGAUCCAAGCUGCCAAUGCAGAAAUUGCCCGGGUUCAUGGCCUGCUGAGGCAAAUCGAUGAGCUCGAAACCGAGUUCGACAAGAUCAGACGUAUUCGCGACAUCGUGGCGGCUUUCAGGGCUCGAGUCGAAGCCUUGGAGAGA